UUUCGACUUUCGAGGGGUGGCAGUAACUGUGAUUUUAUGAUAAAUGAAACGCAUAUUCUCCACCACUCCGUACUAUGAUUGCCACCCGUUUUUGUCUUGCUGCAUUUUAACUUUUCUCACCCUGUCCACUCCCUCUUACUGUGUCUGUGUCGUGGACUGAAACAAAACAAAACCUUGUAAAAAAAACCUCAUCAUGUCUUCUUAGUUAGAUUAACAGUUAUUCCUAUCCUUUCACUUUCGUUGUUGUCGGUUACGAAGAGAAAGUAGAAACUGUCUGUGCAGCACAACGCACUCUCACGCUCUUUGAUGAUGGAUCGAAAAACAUUAAAUUGAAGAUGCUUUCACCACCCAACAACAUCUAAAGAUCGAGCUCAUGGAUAUUGCUUUUUGUUAAUUUUGAUUCUCGUGAAAUAAACGAAAUAUGAAGGCACUCGUUAUUCCUCCUGUAUCCCUGCCUUCGGAUUCGAAGAGUAGGAGAUCACAUUGGUGUAGCGUUUUUCCUGCUGCUUCUUUUCUUUUUCUUAUUUUCUUUGCAGUAUAUGCUUUCAUAGCUCCAGAUUACAAAGAGAGAUUAUCAAGAUGGGGAAUAGCUGAUACUUUUCAGAAUUUUAAAUUCAGCAAUUGCAAGAAUCAGUGCAGGCCUCCUGGAAGUGAGUCCUUACCUGAAGGGAUUGUCUCAAAGACUUCUAACUUUCAAAUGAGGCCGCUAUGGGGCUUUCCAAAGGUAAACGUUUAUGAGCUCCAUGACGGAGUGACUGAUCAUUCAUUUCUUAGAAAGUCAAUUCUUGUGACUGAUCAUUAAUUACUGUCACCAUUUAAUCUCAUCUCAACAAGUUUUCAAGAUGGACAUUUACAUGCGACUGCAUUAACUCUGCCAUGGGUUUGCCAACAUUGGUUGCACGAAUGUUGAAAAGUUUAAUGUGUUUCCAUAUGUUUGUUUAGGGACUGUGACAUAAUCUUCCUAGAAUUGCAACUUUCUAAAACCUUCAUGCUGUAAUUUAACUUCUAUAACGAAUGAACUUUAUAAAAUAAAUGUUUCAGAUGUGGCUCUUAGAUCUGGAGACUUCUUAGCGUGUUUUCUUCUAAUUCUCUAGCUUACUAGCUGUGAAGCUCAACCACAGAUGAUUAUUUGACUGUUAAAUGCGACUUAUUACAUGUAUAAGUACUAUCACUGAUACACUUUUUGGUUGAACAAGAAUACGUGCUUCUCCAUUUCGCUGGAAAUGGAAGAUGGGGAUAUUUGGCAUACUA